CUCCACCAGUCCACAACGACUCCCCGCACUCUCUAGCUGUGCUUAAGAUCAAACUCAACCUCAACCUCAAUCGCAGACCGAUCGGCUUCAUAAUCACGCGCCGUCGAGGUCGGCCAUCCGGUGGCAUACUUCGAACCAAUUCAGUUACAAGAUAUUCCUAUUUCUCUGUUGAAAGAUUGCAACAAUGGCUAAUAUGGUCAUAACAACGAUACUAGAAAAGAUGACUGGAAAGGACAAGGAUUACAGAUACAUGGCAACUUCUGAUUUGCUCAAUGAAUUGAAUAAAGAAGGAUUUAAACUUGAUGCUGAUCUUGAAGCAAAGGUAUCUAAUGUUGUAAUACAGCAGCUAGAUGACGCAGCGGGUGAUGUUUCUGGAUUAGCUGUAAAAUGUCUGUAUUGUAGCAUUUUCGGUGAACCACUUGCUUCUAUAAGGAUGAAUCUCUACAAACUAUAAUGUUGUACUUGUGUAAAGAUUCAACAUCUGGGACAACCUUCUCCCUUGCUCUCUUCGGAAUAUCGAGGCGCUGCAAUUCAUUCUCAAUUACACCAAUUCUAUUCAAAUAUCUCCAAGAUUGAAGUGGGUCUUUAUCCAUCUAUGACAAAGUUGAGAAGUUCAAAAUCCUCUGCACCAGUCAAAGAUGUUGCUUCUUCCUCGAUUUAAACUAAAACUAUAGAGCAAUGUAUUUGGCUUAAAAUGGAAAGGAAUCUCUGAUAUGUUUAGCACAUAUAUUUGCAUGACACACAAGUCAGUCGGGGAUGUCAAAUAGAACGUGGUUGCUUAUAAUAGGACUGCAUAUAGGCAGAGUUGCACUGCACUUAAGGUCUUCGAAGAAUACUUCUUAGAUGCUAAUGAAAAUGAUGAGCAGCU